AUGGACGCAGCUCUCCACGAUGCCGUGACUCAAUUUAUUGAGCGCCACCCCGAAUCCCGACGCCUGCAUAAGCUAUCGCUCGAAAGCUUACCGGGAGGAAAUACCCGCACUCUGCUGCACACAGCACCAUUCCCGGUUUUCAUGCGCAAGGGCGAAGGUUCGGAAUUGUGGGACGAGGAUGGGAACAAGUAUUUUGAUCUUGUCGGCGAGUUGUCCGCAGGACUAUUUGGACACUCUCACCCAACGCUGCAAAAGGUGUUGACAGAUACCAUUCAGAAUGUGGGGCUGAAUCUGGGAGCGACGAAUAUCUACGAGCAGCGCUAUGCUUCAUUGCUCUGUGAGCGGUUCAAACUUGAACGAGUUCGAUUCACAAACUCAGGAACAGAGGCAAACAUACAUUGUCUUGCUGCAGCUCGGAAAUUCACCAACCGUCGUAAGAUCAUUGUCUUCCGCGGAGCUUAUCAUGGCAGCGUGCUGUCCUUUGGAGAUAGCAUCGCGGAAAACAACAUCGACCAGGCGGAUUGGAUACUACUGCAGUACAACGAUUCCAAAGGUGUCCAGGAAGCGUUUUCCCAGAAUAGUGAUAUCGCCGCUGUCAUUCUGGAGGGGAUCCAGGGAUCUGGCGGGUUCAUUUCUGCAUCGCCCGAGUUCCUACGAACAAUUCGCGAGGAGAGCGAGAAAGCAGGCGCGUUGAUGAUUCUGGAUGAGGUGAUGACAUCUCGGUUGGCACUGGGGGGACUGAAAGAGACGCUCGAGGUUAAACCAGAUCUUAUCACUUUAGGCAAGUAUCUGGGCGGAGGCUUGCCAUUCGGGGCUUUCGGUGGCCGACAAGACAUUAUGGAUGUUUUCAACCCUCUCACGCCUGGGGCUUUGGUACACUCUGGCACAUUCCAGAAUAACACAUUGAUGCUGCACUCUGGGUAUGCGGGACUCUCUGAAGUGUAUACGGCUAAAGUCAUUCAAUCGUUCAAUGCUCAAGGCGAUGACUUGCGUCAGCGCUUGCAACGGGUCUUUGCGGGGUCUAAGUUCUGUGUUACUGGCCAGGGUUCUCUUAUGUGCGUUCACGUCACUAAGAUAGGACUUCCUGCGGAGCAGAUUACUUGUCGAGAUGCUGUUGCUGCGGUUGAGGCUACGGAUCUUAAGCAGCUUUUCUGGUUGGAGAUGGUGAAUGCAGGGUUUUGGGUGCAGAAUCGAGGAACAAUCACCUUGAACAUCGUCAUGUCUACCACGGCUCUCGAUGCGUUUGUUAAAGCUGUCGAGGAGUUUUGCGAGAGAUAUAGGCCUUUGAUUGUAGUUUAG